AUGCGGAAGGACGAGUACGAGAAGAGUGUUAGAAGAGCAUUACUGCACUCCGAGGAACAUGCGUGCCCAGCGUGUCAUGAGGCAGAUGUUUCUCCUGAUAGUUUAAUUGCCAACAAGUGCCUACGCCAGGCUGUGAACAACUUCAAAAAUGCCACUGGUUACACACAGAGGCAGCAGAGACAGCAGCAGCAGCAGCCACCAGCACCUCCACAAGCACCCAUGGCUCUGACCCCUCCUGCUGCGCUGGUGGCUGCCACGCAACGCCCUCGAUCUUCCCCCCUGUCGAACCGUGGUUUGCGGGAAGAGAAGGGCUACCAGGUGCCUGGAGCGAGACAGCCAGCAAUACCAAGGGUUCUGGGCCCCCAAGGACCAUCGAUACCCACAAAUGGUCAUCCAGUGAGAGCCGGCAAAAUUCGCUUGGCAAGUGGCAGACCAGACUGGGAAGUGCAAAAGAAGAAGUCCAGACUCGAUGGGUUUACAGAUGGUUCAGGAACCAAUGGAAUAUAGAAAGCCUCCAAAGGAGCGUUCGUUUUCCAGGUAACUGCUUUACAUGUCCGUAACAGAGGAGCAGGCUGGCUAGAGGAAUCAGGGGGAUCUCCACUGCCCCUCUCCAGGUGGAUGGGAUGAUUCCAGGGAUUAGCAGGGAAAGGAGUUCCAUAUGCAGGUUACUACCUCAGCUACGGCAGAGAUUACAGUUGACUGAGAGGUACAGUUUGGCAGCAGUGGCUGAGGAGCAGGUGUCUCUUUCACUAAAGCUUCUCUGCAGUGACACCUUCACCUCCUGACAGCCCUGAGGAGGCCAGAACCUGAAGAGGUCUAGUGCCCGGAUUUUCUGCCUCUCCCUGUUCUGAGUGUAACCGUUACCUCAAAGCACUUGGGAGGAGAGAUGGGAGACAAAUUGCCUUCAUCUCUUGUUUAUCUCCUGUGGGUACACGGGGAGAUUUUAACGUGGACUGCACACUGGUGGCUUUCCGAGGAAUUUCUGGACACUGAUCAAUUUUUCUUAGGAACUCAAAGAUCAGACUUGUUUGUAAGGAAAUCUUAAAUGGCUGAAGGACUCUGAGAGGGGGAAUGAUGCUAAUGAACAUAUGCAGAAUAAUGUGAAAUGGUUCUUGAAAAAAUAAUGAAAGAAAAACUUGUGAAGAAAAAACUCGGGGUCGCUGAUAUUUUCUGCCCCCAGAAUUCACCUGGGCAGGAGUCUGAAGAGCUCUCUCCUAGUAAUGCUGUCAGCAUCUCUCAGAGAGUAACGGCGUUGAGUCCUAAAACUAGAGGCUGACUUCAGAAGCUUUUAGAAAUUAAUUUUCCUGCAGUGCAGCCGCUACCCUUGGCUAGAGCCAGAGGUAUGUGAAAGCUCUGCUAGGACCUCUGGGCUAGAAGUGUGGGUUAAAUGGGCCUGUAUGUAUGACUGCAGUACCAGUAUUUGGCAUCCUGUACAAACUGCCGAAUAAGUGG